GACGUCGACUAUAACUCCUUGCAACUUGACUCAUUUGUUAUUGACAAGGAUAUCGUCCACGAACACAAGACUGUUCGUGUAAACUACACAACUUAUGACCUUCGACGCGAGCAAGAUGUGGUGAACCCACGAUCAAGAGCAGAUAUUAUGACACUCUCUCAGGAAUCGCCAGCCGACAACAACUCGCAUCCAUACUGGUAUGCUCGAGUUGUCUACAUAUUCCAUCUCAAUGUUCGUUUUCGGAAUGAGGAUCCCUCUGCCCUUCGACAAAUUGAUAUCCUGCUUGUACGAUGGCUCCAGCGGGAUACUAGCCAGCGAUGUGGAUUUAAAGCUCGACGACUUCCUCGUGUGGCUUUCUAUCCCCUCGGAUCUUCGCAAUGCUGGGAUUUCAUUGAUCCUAGCACUGUGAUCCGGAGUGCUCACAUAAUACCGGUAUUCAAGCGUGGU